AGGACCCGUGAUGCUUCCGCUUCCGGCCGUGUCGCGUCGCUUACGCGCGGUUGCUAGGCCAGGGUGGCGGUUUGAGCGCUGGGCGCCAAUCCCGGCGACCGGUGUAGGAGGACUGUCGCCUGAGGCCUCUGCUUUUGUAACGAAUCUGUCCUUGUCCCACGCGGCUUCUCGCCACAUGGGCUCAGUAGAGGACACCUUGACCAGUUUCCCCACCCACAUCUUCAACCUGGUCCUCAAUUAUUCCCAGCUGUCAGUCCCGAACCCUGGUCAAAUUUAGGAUUGUAGUCCUGCUGGGGGGGAAGGGAGGGGCUCAAGGUUGCUCUGUUGCUUUCUAAAGGAUUGGUGGGAGGCGAACAGAGCUAGGAAAGAAUCGCAUCUCGCCUGUAUCCAGCUUGGUCAGCCCAGGCUGAGCUAUAUCUUGCGGUUGUCAGUUUUUAAGUGGAGGACUGGGCACCUAAGUGCUCCAGAGCCCAAAGAAGGUAAAAAUUCAGCGCGCUGGGGGUCGGGGCGAGCAUCGGUGUUUCCAGCCACCAAGGUGAAGUCCUUGGUGGCAGAGACAACUCGGAGCAGCACCAGGUGUGUUUUUAGCCAUGUUUCAGCAGUGCUGUCCAGUGGAACACCCCAAGAUCAUCGAUGUUAUUAUCGGGAAAGACGAAAAGGGCAGAAAGAUUCCAGAAUAUCUGAUACAUUUUAAUGGUUGGAACAGAAGUUGGGAUAGAUGGGCAGCUGAAGAACAUGUGCUACACGAUACAGAUGAAAACCGGAGAUUACAGCGCAAAUUGGCCAAAAAAGCAAUAGCUCGCCUGAGAGGUACAGGAAAAAAGAAGAGGCGCUGUAGGUUGCCUGGUGUCGACUCUGUCUUAAAAAGCGUGCCAGUUAAAGAAAAAUCUAAAAAUGACGAAAACUCAGUAAGCAGCACCUGUCAUGAGAGCUGUGGAGAAAAGAAUGGAGGGAUAAAAGAACACCGUCAGCGUCGUAUUAAAGUAAAGGCUAAAGCGAAAAAAAAGGUAUUGUCGCUGCGUUCAAGAAAGGAAAUGGAUGAAAGAACAAUCACUAUAGAUAUCCCCGAUGUUCUCAAGAAGCAGCUAGAGGAUGACUGUUACUAUAUCAACAGGAGGAAACGGUUAGUGAAACUUCCAUGCCAGACCAACAUCAUAACAAUUUUGGAAUCCUAUGUGAAACAUUUUGCUAUUAAUGCAGCCUUUUCGGCCAAUGAGAGGCCUCGUCACCAUCAUGCCAUGAUGCACACGCACAUGAAUGUGCACUACGUCCCAGCUGAAAAGAAUGUUGACCUUUGUAAGGAAAUGGUGGAUGGAUUACGAAUAACCUUUGAUUAUACGCUCCCAUUAGUGUUGCUCUACCCAUAUGAACAAACCCAAUAUAAAAGGGUGACAUCGUCAAAAUUUUUUCUUCCUAUUAAGGAAAGUACCACGACAACUAAUAGGAGCCAGGAAGAGCUGUCUCCUAGCCCGCCUUUGUUGAAUCCAUCCACACCACAGUCUACAGAGAGUCAGCCACCUACUGGUGAACCAGCCACCCCCAAGAGGCGCAAAGCCGAGCCAGAAGCACUGCAGUCUCUCAGGCGGUCCACAAGGCACAGCACCAAUUGUGACAGGCUGUCUGAGAGCAGCUCCUCCCCUCAGCCGAAGCGCCGGCAACAGGACACAUCUGCCAGCAUGCCGAAGCUGUUUCUGCACUUGGAAAAGAAGACACCUGUGCACAGCAGAUCAUCUUCCCCCAUUCCUCUGACUCCAAGUAAGGAUGGGAGUGCUGUAUUUGCUGGCUUCGAAGGGAGAAGACCCAAUGAAAUCAAUGAGGUCCUGUCUUGGAAACUUGUGCCUGACAAUUAUCCGCCAGGAGACCAGCCACCUCCCCCUUCGUACAUUUAUGGUGCACAGCAUUUGCUCCGGUUAUUUGUGAAACUUCCAGAAAUCCUUGGGAAGAUGUCCUUCUCUGAGAAGAAUCUGAAGGCUUUACUGAAGCACUUUGAUCUCUUUCUGAGUUUCUGGGUCAAGAAUACUGAGGUGUCACUCCAAUAAUCCAGCUGGAUAAUCCUGUUUUUAGCAGAAUACCAUGAUGACUUCUUCCCGGAGUCGGCUUAUGUCGCUGCCUGUGAGGCACACUACAGCACCAAGAACCCCAGGGCAAUUUAUUAAACUUUUGAUGGUUCUGUAAAAACAACUGCACUAUGUGGCUUUAUACUUUAGGUCCCAGGUGAAGUGUUAAUGAGAUGCUAGACCUAUCCUGGGGGUACUCUGACAGAAACAGGCUCUGGUUUUUUUUUUGAGUUCGUCACAUUCUAUUAUUUCUGUUAAGAAUUAUUUUCUGAGCUCACCAUGGUGGUCCUUGCCUAUGGGGAGGGAGUCGAUUUAAUUAAUUAAUUCAUCAUUUUUUUAAAAAAAAUGUACUGAUUACUUCCUGGGUGCCUGAACAUAUUCCAAAGUAACACUGCUACACAAGCUGUGUGUGCUAGCAGGCUAAAAACAGCCAUAGCUGUCUUCAUAGGGAUAUGUCCAUGAACGUAUACUUAGGUUAAACAUUAUUCUGGUAGACAGCGCAGGUGGUUGUUAGCAAGGACCAUACUGUUUGAUUACUUGUUAAUGUUAAACAAAAAUGGUUUUGAAAACUGUUUUCUGUUCAACAGAUCUUAGUCAGUGCUUGGAAGCCGCAAAGCACUCUCAAAGUAUUUCUGAGGGAAUUGAUAUGGGUGGCAAAAGAGAACUUACAGCUAUGCAUUGCUUGUAGCAGUUCCCUUUCUCAGAAACAUUAUUUUUGUUGCUCUAAAUAAAGCAUUGCCUGUCUUGUUUGAGAUUUUACAGCCAUACUCUGCUAUGUAAUGUUAUAGUUCCUUUUCUAUGAAAUGUUAUUUUGGGUGAUCUAAAUAAAGCUUUGCCAGUUUUGUUUGAAAGAAGCAAGAGGAGUUUUGCUCUGGCCUUUCCUGGUUCUUUUUACUGCAGGGCAACUAGUCGGGUAACCUCUUCACUCCCAACUUUUGUUUCCAUUUGUUUGCCCCUUGUACGUUUUUGUCCUUCCCUUUUUGGUUUGGCCUCUCUGUGCAUCGUGACUAUUAGUAGUUAUGAGAAGUCACCGUGACUCUGUGCCAACUUGUGGCUGGUCUGUGGGUCCUGAUAGGUCAAAUGCAGAUCUACCCUUCCCCAAGUUGGCCAGCUGAUGUGAUCUGUAGUCAUCCUUUUAAUCCUCCUCUCUAUUUCUCCCUCUCUCUCUCUCUCUCUCUCUCUCUCUCUUUCUCUAUUUCUUUCUCUCGCUGUCUCUCUCUCUCUCUCCUCUAUGGUUUAGAGAGCUCUAAAGGCCUGGAAAGGAUACCGAAGCCAUGAAAGCAUUAGAUAAAGCACUUCUCUUACUGUUUAGCUCAGUUGACUUUAAUUUCCGAAGGCCACUGGUCAUGAACAACAGGAGCCUCAAGGACUUUUGACUCAAAUGGUCCCAUUAAAGUGCCUUGUGCAUCACUGACUACUAAGAUUCACUACCUCCAGAUCAGCUAAAGAAGGCAUCUUCCCUUCUGCAUUUGUUUAGUUGCUUACACAGAUUCAGGUUGGUGGGAACUGAUUGGAACGGCCUUCACGUUCUUGGUAGGUGUGAUUUUUAAUUUUAAUUGUCAAUGUAAUGGAUUGAGAAUCACUGUGGAAACACACUUCUGGGUGUGUCUAUGAUACUGUUUCAGAAAAGUUUGAACUGAAGAGGAAAGACCCGUCUUGACUAUGGCCAUCACCAUUCCGUGGACUGGGAUCUCAGACCCAGUGAAAAGAAGAAAUUAAGUAGUAUCUCAGAAUUCACCUUUCUCUGCUUCCUGACAACAUUACCAAUGGGUUCAUGUUCCUGCUGCCAUGCUUCUCUGCCAUGAGGGACUGGACCAUCAAACUGGGAGGCAAAAUAAACCCUUUUCUCAGGUAUUUUCUCACAGCAACCACAAAAGUGGCUCAUAAUGGAACAUUGGUGUUGAGAAGUGGGGCUGUUGUGGCUAAGCCUGACCAUGUGGGACAUAGGCAUUUGGAACUGGUUUAUAGCUGAGAGUUUGGAACUUUGAGCUAGAGAAGCCUUAGAGUGCUAUAAAUAGAGUUUAGUAGGCUAUUCUGGUGGUGUUUUGGAAAACUAGAAUGCCAAGACAAACGUGGAUAGUGGAGAUCUGGCUCACAGGGGUUUGGAGAGAAAAAGAGUAUUGAAAAUUGAGCUACAGGCCAUUUGUGUGAUAACCUGGCAAAAAAAUCUGGUAUCAGGCCAUGCCAUUAGUGCCAUGUCCUAGGAACUGGAGUGAGGCUAGAUUCUAAAGCAGUGGACUCAUUCCCUUGGUGGAAGAAAUCUGAAGAAAGCUUAGCGUUCAGGCUGUGUAAUGUUUACUGACUACUGCUGUCAUCCAGGUCUCCAGUGAGAAAUAGCACAAAUGAGACAAAAGAAGACAGAUGUGUCAGUUUGGCGGGGGAAGGGAUGGAUUUAAAGGUGUAGGCAAGGCAGAUCCAGAGAAAGCAGCAGUACUUGUUAAAAGACAUUAGCAACAUUAAAGAGAAACCUUGUGCUCUGUAUUAGAUAUUAGUGAAGGUUCCUUAAAGAUAAGACCUCACCCCCAAAAACCCCCUAUUUUGUCAAAAUAUGAAUUCAUUUGAAAGGAGAAAUCGUAAAGUGCUGAUGGUGUUUUCUGCUUCUUGAAAGCAGUUACCUAGGAAAACCUUUCCCCAUGGUUGGCACACAGGCCAAUAUACUUGUAGGCUAAGGGACCCAGGUCACAGCAGAACUUUGUAGUAUCACUCCCAUGGUACAGGUGUGAAAGAUGUAGGUGUGGAGGAGUCAUGGAGACUUGCACUAGAGUUCCAGAAAGCACUGAGACCAGGCAAUGUGUCGCUUGGUUGGAGUCUCUGUAAACUAGCCCUGAGAGGCUACUAUGUGAACAUGUUAAAGUGAAGUCUAAGUUGCAGUAUGGAUCCCAGGAUGUUGAAGGUACCAGAACUGUGGGUCAUCGCCUGAGGAAAGCCCCAUGCAUGGAGCCGUGUCAGCCCCAGAGAGAAGUUGCUGCAAAUGGCAGCGCUGGAGAUCUGGGACUACCCAAGCCCUUGGAAAUCCAUAGGAGUCCAUCAUGAGCUCCAGAUGCGGGCCAUAGAGCUGCAGGAUCUGAUGUUUGCCCUGCUGGGUGUCGGUCUUUCUUUGGACACACCCUUGCUUGCUGUAAUUCCCACUCUUCCUGUUGGGAAUGGGAGUUUUUCUUCUUUGCCAUUGUUUAUUGAGACAUUGUUAGUUGUUUUUGAUUUUAUAGAUGUUCACAAAUAAGAGAUUGCCUUGAGUCUCAGAGAAGACAUUGAACUGCUUAACACUGCUGGGACUGCUAAAGACUAUGGAGAGUUUUAGAGAGGGACUAAAUGUAUUUUGAAUUGUGAGAUGAAAAUGAGAAUUUGGGGGCCAGAGGUGGAAUGCUAUGGUGUAGUGGUGUGUUUGGGUGUCAGGUUGGCUGGGGUAGACUAGAGAUGCUUGAUUUUGAUUAUUAACUUGGGUGGAAUCAGAAUCACCCUGGAAACAUGCCUUUGGAUAUGUCUCUAUGAAGUUUAACUGAAGAGGGAAGACCCACCCUAAAUGUGGAUGACACUAUUUUAGGACUUGGGGUCUUAAACUGAAUGAAAAGGACAAAGUGAGCGGAAAAUCAAAAUUCGUCUCUCUUUGCUUCCUAACUGUCAGUCUUGCUGCCGUGACUUCCCCUACCAUAUGGAAUGCUUCUCUUCAAACUGUAAGCCAAAAUAAAUGUUUCCUCCCUUAA